GGAACAUCUCUGAAGACAGUUUGAGAAUCCUACAAAACGUCCCGACAAAGGGAGCAGCUGCGUACAUGAGAGUGUCCAAUCCAGUAAACAGUUCAAAACUGAGCUUGGUGGAGAAGGGUAUUUGUGAAGACAUCCAGUGCAAGAGAGAAGAGCUGGUGAUAAGGACACAAGGCCUCUACUUGAUCUAUUGCCACUUGAACUUUCAUUUUCCCGACUGUUCAGACAGCCCCAUCGACAUCAAGAUAGAGUUCCUUGUGAAUGACCAAGUCAAUGGGCAAGCACUAUCCACAGGGUGUGCAUCAGAAGCGUGCCAAGAAAAGACUUUUAAGACCUUGUCCCGGCUCCAUUUGACAUACCUCAAUGUGGAGGACCGAAUAUCAGUAACACUCAAUCAUCCUAAAUUCUUGAAUGAAAUUUCUCUUCCCAAUGAUAAUGUCCUUGGGGUCUUGAGGUACAGCGAUGAAAUAUGA